AUGCUGGCAUUGUCCGGACUGUUAUCUUUCACAACUGCAUCGCCUCUCGUUGCGAGAGAUGUCACGACUGCCAACGCGGAAGCAGCUUWCAAUACCCUGCAGCAAUGGUAUAACCAGUCUACAGGCAUAUGGUCGCCAAGUACCGGAUGGUGGAACUCCGCCAACUGCUUGACGGUAGUUGCGGAUCUUGCUGCGAUAGAUGGCAACAUCAAAGGCAAUGCGGAGGGAAUCUUCAGAAACACCUAUUCGCAGGCUCCAGGAUACAACCUGCGAAUGGCCAAGACGAUUGGUGCAAAGAACGUUACAGAAGGUUGUGAAAAAUGGAUGAUACACACUUACUAUACCGACCGUGGCGAUUGGCCGACUGAUGUUUCGGAGACUCGAAAGAAAGGCGGGUUCCUGAACGACUUUUACGACGACGAGGGUUGGUGGGCUCUUGGAUGGAUUGCAGCCUACGAUGUCACGGGCAACCAACAAUAUCUACAAGAAGCCGAAAAAAUAUUCGCGGACAUGCAAGCGGUCUUCGGCAAGACCAACUGCUCUUCCAACGGUCGUGGAUCUGGUGGGAUUUGGUGGGACCGACCGAAAACUUAUGUCAACGCCAUUGCCAACGAGCUUCAUCUCAGCGUUGCAGCCCACCUGGCCAACCGAGUCGGAGGUAGCAACUACCGCGACAUUGCACUCCAGCAAUGGAACUGGUUUCUCGGAACAGGAAUGAUCAACUCCGGCAACCUUAUCAACGAUGGUCUCGACAAGAGUUGCAAGAACAACGAUGGAACUGUGUGGUCUUAUAACCAGGGUGUAGUACUUGGAGGUCUAGCCGAACUCAGCCGAGCUACGGGCGAUACUUCAUACAUAUCAAAGGCACAUUUGAUCGCCGACGCGGCGAUUGCCUCUCUUGCUCCAGAUGGCAUCCUCAAGGAGGUAUGCGAGCCCAACUGCGGUCUAGAUGGGCCUCAGUUCAAGGGCAUCUUUGCGCGCAACCUGAUGCUCCUGCACCAGGCUAGCCCACGGCAGGAGUACGCAAGCUUUUUGGAGAACAAUGCCAACAGCAUUUGGAAGAACGAUCGUAAUGACAGGAACGAGCUCGGUCUCGUGUGGAGCGGGCCUUUUCAAUCAACGAAUGCAGCAGCACAUAGCUCCGCCAUGGACGCUCUUAUCGGAGCCCUGGCCACUUGA